UGAUGAUUCAGCAGCAUCGUACCUCCAACACGGAGACGGGCACUUGAUGGUCCUGCGGUCGUUGCUCCAGUUGUUCAGCCUGCCUCUAGCGAUACUGAAACCGAGACACACGCGCUCGUCGAGGCCUUGACACCACGUCCAAACCGCAAACCGACCCGACAACCGUUUACUGGCCAUGGCAGCUGUUGCUUUGUCACAUUCGGUCUUCUGCAUAACCCCUGCUCGGCCCUAGCUCGACUCGCAGUCUUGAGGGCCUAUACAGUUAGCAGCAUGAAUUCUCAACAGACCGAGUUUGGUAACUUUUACGAAGCUCGAUCGACGGCUCACCGACGCUCGCCGUACGCGCACGAUCGCAUCUCCGACCGCUGGAGCGAGCCCGCCGUGGUUCUCACCGGGCUCGCGCUCCUAGUCACUGUCAUCUACAAAUUAUAUAGCCCGCAAUCUUCGCUCGAAGGGGCUUUCAACUCAACGGGUUCAUUUCUAUGGGGCUGGCUAGUUUAUGCUGUGCCCGGGCCGAUCCUGUUCGCCAUCGACGACUGGCUUAAUCCGCCGCUGGCCCCUCGACCGACAUCCGACACGCGAUCCGCCACACAUGCGGCGAAAAGCGAAGCUAUGAGAAGGAUAUUGGGGUUGGACCGCCCCGGCGGUAUUGUUGCCACGGUCUUCCAAGCCAGAACCCGAGCCUUGUCCAUGACGGGCAGUGUUCUGGGAUUGAAGCUCGAUCACAACCGACCACCUGGACUGGGCAACCGCGACAAUUCGUGCUAUCAAAAUAGCAUUCUCCAGGGAAUGGCCUCCCUGGAAUCAUUUUCGGAUUAUCUCUCUGCCUGCGUGCGGGCCGUUGGGUCGGACAGCGCCGACCGAAACGUCGCCCAGACCCUCCGAGUUCUCAUCGAAGACCUGAACGAUUUGGCCAACAACGGGAAGACGAUAUGGACACCGAGCCUACUCAAGUCCAUGAGUACCUGUACGCAGCAGGACGCGCAGGAAUACUUCUCCAAGAUGCUCGACGACAUCGACAAGGCCGUUGCAAAAGCCUUCAUAGAGACACGGAGGUUCUCCGGCCUCGAGUCUGACGGUACAAAGGAUGGCUCAGCUACUGCCAGCCAGCAUAGUGAUGACAGCGGGUACCAGAGCCUGCCCUCGAGUCCGGAUCUUUCUGCGAUCAAGCCGCUGCGCAAUCCGUUGGAAGGGCUGCUCGCCCAGCGUGUCGCGUGCGUGCAGUGUGGGUUUUCCGAGGGGCUGUCCAUGAUUCCAUUCAACUGCCUGACCCUCAGCCUCGGCCUUGACAAAAAUCGACACGACUUGUACGAGAGGCUGGAUGCGUACAGCAAAGUGGAGGCGAUCGAAGGCGUGGAGUGCCCGAAAUGCACUCUGCUUAAGGCGCAGAGACUCCUGACAAAAUUGCUGGAUAUGAUGCAGGAGAGCGGCUCCCAGGCUGAACAGCUGCUCGAGCCUCGCCGCCGGCUAGAGGCUGUAGAAGCCGCCCUCGAAGACGACGACUUUGAGGACAAGACGUUGGCGGAGAAAUGCAAGAUUUCGAAUCAGAGCAAAGUCAGCUCGACAAAGACGAAACAAAUCGUCAUUGCCAGACCGCCACAGAGCCUUGCCAUCCAUGUGAACCGAUCGGUUUUCGACCCGACAACAUUCGACAUGAUCAAAAACUCAGCUCCCGUGAGCUUUCCCAUGACGCUUGAUCUCGGGCCAUGGUGCCUGGGAAGCAGCGACAAUUCGAGGCUGUACUCGCAGGACUGGUCCCCGGAAGAAAGCGAGGAGCAGUGGCAAUCAGACCCCAAGGCUUCGAUGGUGGCCGGAGACUUGAUGCCGUCGCGACUUACAGGACCCAUCUACGAACUCCGAGCAGCGGUCACACAUGCGGGUCGGCAUGAAAAUGGCCACUACAUAUGCUAUCGACGAUAUCCUGGCGCUGAGGAUACAGAUGAGAGUUGGGACAGCCGAGAGUCUUCUCCUGCGAUGGAGGACAACAUCGAUGAUGACUCCCAAAGCACCAGCGACAAGACGCGAUGCUCUCGAUCGUCGCAAGGCAAGAAUGCAGGCUGGUGGAGGCUCAGCGACCACAACGUCGCCAAGGUGGAUGAAGAAACAGUUCAAUCUUUGUCGCCAGGCGUUUUCAUGCUCUUUUAUGAGUGUGUCGACCCGAGCAUGGUGCUUCACAACGAGGCGGAGAGCAUGGACGACGCCGGAGAGCUGCAACCCAGCGAAGAUACUGAAGCUAGUAAGACGGCCACGCCGGGCUUUGAGGGCGAGGCGGUGGAGGGGUUGGCCGUAGAAGAGCCAGUACGCGACCACGACAACAUCGUUUCAAGCAACAAUCUCACCAAGCGAAACGGUCCGGAAGAUAUACCGCUGCCGGAAGAUGGCGACGGCGACUUGCCGGACGACACAAAUGAUUCUCAGUCGGGGCCAUUGGCUCAGUAGACUCCCAAGGAAUGGUUAUGGCGGACGAAUGUUGCGAGGUGCAGAAUUUGUAACCUCGAGGUCACAGCGACGGAGUUGGCAUCUGCUUUUCAAAGGACAUGGAAGGACAGGCGCGGGCAAUGCACCAAGCCGCAAUUGCGAGGUCCAGGCGCGCGGGCAUGCUUCUAAAUCAGCCAGGGAAGGCUUGCGAGUUGCGUGGUGGGCGGAGUUUUGUCAAGGGUUCGAUUUAACGAAUCCAUUACGUCUACGACCUGCAGCGUGAGAAUCAAGGCCCUGGUUACGUUGCCACUUUUGAAAGCCUUGGACUGCUUUUUGCAAAGAAUCAAGCUACGAAGUACACUGCUA